GAACGUCCUUUGGUAGUGGCCGAACUGAUCUCGUUGUUCAAUCGUACAGAAAUAUUUUUGUCCCUUGCGCCGAAUCUUACUGAAUCUGAAGUAUUCACAGAAGUCGAGAUGGACACUCUAAGUAAACUGCUCAAUAAAACCAAGGAUUGGCUUGCGGAAAAAAUGGAUUUGCAGUCGAAGCUGAAACCAACGGAUGUUCCAGCACUUUCUGUGAUUGAAGCAAAAGAUAUGUAUUUAUCUCUUGAUCGAGAAAUGAAAUAUCUGUUGAAUAAGAUGAAGUUUGCGAAGCCCAAAACACCGAAAAAAGAAGUGAAGACGAAUGAAACAGCUGCAGAAAAUAACGAUACCACACCGGAAACAAGUACAGUUUCCGUAGAGGAGGAACGAAGCGAAAUUGAGAGCGAUAAAGUGCCGCAUGAAGGAGAUGAAGAGAAAGAUGGGAGGACGGCGCACGAUAAUUCCGAGCUUUAG